GGCCAAUCGAAUAGCGGUAAACAUAAAAGUGUUAAGUCUGACUUGUUCUGACAUGUUAGUAAAGUAACAUUUUGGCUGUAAAUAACGUGGUACUAAGAACUUAACGACACCCUUCCACCAACUGGUCGUAAAAAUGUCACAUUUUUUGCUGGAAACUGAUGUCAAUAAUGCUUUAAGAAUGGAUGUUCCUCUGACCCGUGGGCCGUUGAUGAGAUGGCAGAGAAAGGCAUUGGAGGCAGAUUGCAGUGGAUCGGCAAACAACAGUUCACUAAAUGCCAGUUCAUCAACGAAAACACCCGUGAAAACUGCCAAUCGUUCAGCUGGACAGACCAAGACUCCAUCAACAGCAUCCCAUUCUGGGAAGAAAACGCCCAAAUCUGCAGGAAAGUUAAGAACUCCAAGCAGUAAGGGUCCGAAGACGCCCAAUGCAGGUGAUCGGUUUAUUCCCAACCGGAGCAGUACACAGUUUGAGAUGGGGCACUACAAGCUGGGUGUUGAAUCUGAUGAUGACGACCAAUUAUUAAGCCCAUCACAGCAAGAGUUCCAGCGUGUUAUGAACGGCAACCUCAAUGGUGACAUCCUUGAUUCCAAGAUAAUUGCCUACAAAGCAAAAGCACCGUCAGCUCCUGAAGGAUUAAACAAUAACCUGCGAGUCCUCUACAGUACAUCAAAAUGCCACAGUGCAACAAAAACCAUGCGGCAAGUUCCUCAAGUACCUGAGAGGAUUUUGGAUGCACCAGAAAUCUUGGAUGAUUAUUAUUUGAAUCUGCUCGACUGGUCAGUGAACAAUCUGUUAGCAGUAUGUUUGGGCAGUAGUCUUUAUCUAUGGAAUGCCAAUAAUGGUGAAAUACAACAGCUCAUGCAGAUGGAGCAGCCGGGUGAUUACAUCGGAGCGGUUUCUUGGAUUAAGGAAGGAAAUUUUUUGGCUGUUGGGACUAGCAGUGGGGACGUGGAGUUAUGGGAUGUGUCUCAGGAAAAGAAGGUUCGGACCAUGACUGGCCACUCUGCCCGUGUUGGCUGUCUGUCUUGGAACUCUUACAUACUAAGCAGUGGGUCUAGAAGUGGCAACAUUCACCACCACGAUGUUCGGGUGGCUAACCAUCACAUUGGGACACUUAACGGCCACACACAGGAGGUGUGUGGCUUGAAGUGGUCACCAGAUGGCAGGUACCUAGCUAGUGGUGGCAAUGACAACCUGCUCAAUAUCUGGUCUUCCAAUGUGGAUGAGAUUCAGCCUAUCCAUACAUUCUCCCAGCAUCUGGCUGCAGUUAAGGCUUUAGCAUGGUGUCCAUGGCAACCAAGUCUCCUUGCUAGUGGUGGUGGUACAGCGGACAGAAAUAUUAGGUUCUGGAACUGCAACACUGGUGUCUGCCUCAACAAUAUUGAUACAAAGUCACAGGUUUGUGCCAUUCUUUGGAGUAAGGAACAUCGAGAGUUGAUUUCUAGUCAUGGUUAUGCUCAAAACCAGCUGGUGAUCUGGAAAUAUCCAAAGAUGAAUAAACUGGCAGAAUUAACCGGUCACACUGCUCGUGUGUUACACAUGGCAUUAUCUCCUGAUGGAACCACAGUAGUGUCUGCAGGUGCUGAUGAAACAAUCAGAUUGUGGAAGUGCUUUGCUGAGGAUGAAAAGAAAAAAAAGACACUGAAAUCGACAUCCAAAAACACGUCUUCAGCAAUCUCCCGGGCACUUAUUAGAUAGUGCAAGUUGACUUGUUAAAUGUGCAAUAUUUUAUUAGUCUGAGAGUGCUUGUUAUAAAUCGGGUGGCCCCCCAAAAAACUUUACCCUUACUCUUUACUGAUAAUAUUUUGCACCCGAUAUCAUAUGUGUAUUACGGAUUUAUGGUAAAAAUAAGUAUAAGUGAAAAAAAAGAAGACAAAAACAAAAAGCUGAUGAAUGCUUUUCAAGUAGGGACAGAAUCAAAACAAAAGUUUUACUUGUCUUAGUUUACUUCAGUUAAUGAUCAAUGUUUAUUACACCGCAGUGAAAGAGAUACCCAUGUGAUAUUUAUCGUCUCUUCACAUUGUGUAAUAUGCCUUUUGAGAGGUCAUGACCUCUGAUCAGGUGAUGGACUGUGUCACACAGUACGAACCCGCAUAGAUCUUCAUGCAAAAAGUCUGCAUAGUUCUUUCGAUUCAUAUUUUUCAAUGAAAAAAAUACAUGCGGUGAAUUCUUCUAAUUAAUGUUAAUUCUAUAUUUAACAAAAUAUAUUAUAUUUUUUAAUAAUUUUGUUUAGCCUUGAAUACGUUUAUAAUGUGUAAACUUCAUCAAUAGAAGACGUGUGAUGUAGGAAUACAAAAUUUAGUUUU